AUGAAUGACAUAGAUCAACGAAAGAAAGAAAGAGUUGAAAGAAAGAAAGAAAGAAAGAAAGAAAGAAAGAAAGAAAGAAAGAAAGAAAGAAAGAAAGAAACACUAGCAAAACAAAUAGGUGAACUGAAUGAGAAGGGUGAUAUGAGGUCAACAAGUUCUGGAGAGCAAAGAUAG